UACCCAGGCGGCGCUCGCCCAGAGCUGGAGUUUUCUAACCGACACAGCUACCUCUCCUUCACCUGCGACGCCUGCCGGAGGACUUGGCGAGUCGACAGCUUCCCAGGCCUCGGCGUCUACAGAGCCGCGGGCCAUCGCCAUGGCAGACCCUCUUCAGAGCCCCCAGACGACCGUGAAUAGCGACAGCGACCACAACGACAUUGAAGUGGCCAUUCGUCGCGCCAUAAAGCGCAGGCCUCGCGAUAUCGGCCCUCCGAAGCAACCAGUUGCUUCUUCUCAACCGCCCACCGGCCUGGCACUGCUGGCCCAGUCCAACCAACCCAACAACUGCACCUUUGACGCGGCCACUUGCGAGUUCCGAAGCGGCUCGCUGACCUUUAAAACGUUCCUCGCAAAUCCCAAGCAAAACAAGAAGUCAGAGGUCACAGCGCUUGAGAGGGACAUGGCGAAGAAUGAAGCGCGAGUCAAAGACAUCGUCCUCAAGCCCAAGGCCGCUGAGCCACCGCAGUCAUCUACGCGAAAACGUUCACUCAAGAGGUCUCUUCCCUCAGUCGACGAUCUGCUAGCCAUCCAAAAAUCUUCCCACAAGAAGUCUUUUCUCUCCAUCGACCAUCUGGAGUCAGCUACCCAAAAACCUUCCCACAAGAGGUCCUUCCUUUCCGUCGACGAUCUGGAGGCACCUAUCCAGCCACCGCAAUCAGCUACGCAAAAACCCUCUCUCAAGAGGUCUUUUCUCUCUGUCGGAGAUCUGGAGGAGACACCUAUUAUUCCCACCACUACGUCGGAUGCCAGCAGACAUGGCCGUAUCAAACGGCACAAGCGAGAUGAUAGACACCACCGGCAUCUGUCGUCACGUGCUGCCAUCCCAGAUAGAGAUGAAGAUCUUUCUCUCGACUCUCUCGCCGCCCGCAAAAGACAUGCGGACAAGGAGAAAGCUGGCCGGGAUAAUAGAAAUCACCAUCAUCACAAAACCAGUACGACAGCAGCCUCUGCUCGCAUCGGCAGCCCAAGUCUCGACAAAGACAUCUCGCGUGCAUUCCCAGAGUCUCAGGUCGCGCGAGAGAACUUCGAAGCCAUCAAGCACGCGCCCACCACAGCCGGCGCCAAGGCAAAAACUAGGCUGGACGAGCUUAGAAAGGCAGGCACAGGUGGUGAUGGUGGUGGUGCUGCCGCCGCCGCUGCCGGCAGGCCAGCUGCCAACCCUACUAUUCCCCAGUCUGCCGAGGAUCUCUUUCACGGCAUGAUCGCGAACCACGACAAGAAGCAGCCAAAGACCAGGAUCGUCAACAACCUGCCCAGCGGCGACAGGCAGAAGGAGGCGACUAACAGACGCCCCCAGGGAGCCAGGCCUGAUGUCAGCUUCACGCUGCUCCGUCGUUCAGGAAAAAAGAACAGCGCCGUAAACCCAACCGCCCGGGCCGGAGUCCCUCGGAGCCAACAGGCCUUCAACGCUGCUCCGACGGUCAGUUCUGGGGGAAAAAACGGCAAGGCACCCGCGGUAGUUCGUACUAACAUCUUCCAGCAGCAGCAGCGUUACCGUCCUGUUGUUCCGCCGCCUGUUCCUGCGCCUCGCCGUCCUGGCUCUGGCCUCAAAGCCCCCUACCACCACGCCCAUCAAGCUCAAGACGACAACGAAGAGGAAGAAGAAUACGCACAGAGCCCUCCGGCGCCUGCUGUGAUCCCGCCACCGCAGAAUGUGGCGCAGGCCGAAGAGCUCCUCGGCGGUGACAGGAUUGUCCGGAACUGGGUUGUCUAUCGAACAGCAAAGUCAAAGCCCGAGACGACAGCGGUCACUGGCAGUGCCACGGGAGGCGGCAAGGCCAUCUGUUGCAGCGACUUCCUGUCCAAGGCGGCGGCCAACACGCAAGCCCAGAUUCUCCACGACCGCGCCAAGAAGGGCGUCGUCGACAAGACGUGGUCGCGCGCUGGGCCCGAGGGCCUCUUCCGCGGCACGCUGUAGUUUGAGACGGGCGAGACCCAGCGCUUCUGGGUCGAGGAGAUGGUGCGGGAC